AUGCGGACAGCGUGGGACAGCGGCCGAGAUGCUUGUGCGCGCAGCGCGCCCCACCGCAUCUUCGACCUUCUCCGGCUACAGAUGCCCUUGGACGUGAACGUGGUGGCGCUGCUGAUGAACCGCACCGACCCCAAGAGCCUCAUCACUCACGUGUGCGACCUCAUGUCCGGGGCGCGCAUCCACGGCCUGGUUUUCGGGGACGACACCGACCAGGAGGCCGUGGCCCAGAUGUUGGAUUUCAUCUCCUCGCAGACUCUCGUCCCCAUCCUGGGCAUCCACGGGGGCGCCUCCAUGAUCAUGGCAGACAAGGAUCCGACGUCUACCUUCUUCCAGUUCGGGGCGUCCAUCCAGCAGCAAGCCACCGUCAUGCUGAAGAUCAUGCAGGACUAUGACUGGCAUGAUUUCUCCCUGGUGACCACCAUCUUCCCCGGCUACCGGGACUUCAUCGGUUUUAUCAAGACCACAGUGGACAACAGCUUUGUGGGCUGGGACAUGCAGAACGUCAUCACGCUGGACACUUCCUUUGAGGACGCCAAGACACAGGUCCAACUGAAGAAGAUCCACUCCUCCGUCAUCCUGCUCUACUGCUCCAAAGACGAGGCCGUGCUCAUCCUCGGCGAGGCCCGCUCCCUCGGCCUCACCGGCUACGACUUCUUCUGGAUCGUGCCCAGCCUGGUAUCUGGCAACACCGAACUCAUCCCCAAAGAGUUUCCAUCGGGACUCAUCUCGGUCUCCUACGAUGACUGGGACUACAGCUUGCAGACCCGCGUGCGGGACGGCCUGGGCAUCCUCACCACGGCAGCGGCCUCCAUGCUGGAGAAGCACUCCUACAUCCCCGAGGCCAAGACCAGCUGCUAUGGGCAGGCUGAGAAGCCGGAGGGCCCGCUACACACGCUGCACCAAUUUAUGGUCAAUGUGACAUGGGAUGGCAAGGACUUGUCCUUCACUGAGGAAGGCUAUCAGGUGCACCCGAGGCUGGUGGUGAUUGUGCUGAACAAGGACCGGGAAUGGGAGAAGGUGGGCAAGUGGGAGAACCAGACGCUGAGCCUGAGGCACGCCGUGUGGCCGCGAUACAAGUCCUUCUCCGACUGUGAGCCGGACGACAACCAUCUGAGCAUCGUCACCCUGGAGGAGGCGCCCUUUGUCAUCGUGGAAGACAUCGACCCGUUGACUGAGUCAUGCGUGAGGAACACGGUGCCCUGCCGCAAGUUCGUCAGAAUCAACAAUUCCACCAACGAGGGGAUGAAUGUUAAAAAGUGCUGCAAGGGCUUCUGCAUCGAUAUCCUUAAGAAGCUCUCCAGGACGGUGAAGUUCACCUACGACCUCUACCUCGUGACCAACGGGAAGCACGGCAAGAAGGUCAACAAUGUGUGGAAUGGGAUGAUCGGUGAGGUGGUCUACCAGCGGGCGGUCAUGGCGGUGGGCUCGCUCACCAUCAACGAGGAGCGGUCGGAAGUGGUGGACUUCUCAGUGCCCUUCGUGGAGACGGGAAUCAGUGUCAUGGUUUCCAGGAGCAAUGGCACCGUCUCCCCUUCGGCUUUCCUAGAGCCUUUCAGUGCCUCCGUCUGGGUGAUGAUGUUUGUCAUGCUGCUCAUCGUCUCGGCCAUCGCUGUCUUCGUCUUUGAGUACUUCAGCCCCGUGGGGUACAACAGAAACUUAGCCAAAGGGAAAGCACCCCACGGGCCUUCUUUCACCAUUGGGAAAGCCAUCUGGCUGCUCUGGGGCCUGGUGUUCAACAACUCCGUGCCUGUCCAGAACCCGAAAGGGACAACCAGCAAGAUCAUGGUGUCCGUCUGGGCCUUCUUCGCCGUCAUCUUCCUGGCCAGUUACACCGCCAACCUGGCCGCCUUCAUGAUUCAGGAGGAAUUUGUGGACCAGGUGACGGGCCUCAGUGACAAAAAGUUUCAGAGACCUCACGACUAUUCCCCACCUUUUCGCUUUGGCACGGUGCCCAACGGGAGUACAGAGAGAAACAUUAGAAACAACUACCCCUACAUGCAUCAGUACAUGACCAAGUUCAACCAGAAGGGCGUGGAGGACGCAUUGGUCAGCUUGAAAACGGGGAAGCUGGACGCUUUCAUCUACGAUGCGGCCGUCUUGAAUUACAAGGCUGGGAGGGAUGAAGGCUGCAAGCUGGUGACCAUCGGGAGUGGGUACAUCUUUGCCACGACUGGCUAUGGAAUUGCCCUGCAGAAAGGGUCCCCUUGGAAGAGGCAGAUUGACCUGGCCCUGCUCCAGUUUGUGGGUGAUGGUGAGAUGGAGGAGCUGGAGACGCUGUGGCUCACGGGCAUCUGCCACAACGAGAAGAACGAGGUCAUGAGCAGUCAGCUGGACAUCGACAACAUGGCGGGUGUCUUCUACAUGCUGGCGGCCGCCAUGGCCCUCAGCCUCAUCACCUUCAUCUGGGAGCACCUCUUCUACUGGAAGCUGCGCUUCUGCUUCACGGGCGUGUGCUCUGACCGCCCGGGGCUGCUCUUCUCCAUCAGCAGGGGCAUUUACAGCUGCAUCCACGGGGUGCACAUUGAAGAAAAGAAGAAGUCGCCCGACUUCAAUCUCACGGGCUCCCAGAGCAACAUGCUCAAGCUCCUCAGAUCGGCCAAAAACAUCUCCAACAUGUCCAACAUGAACUCCUCGCGGAUAGACUCACCCAAGCGAGCCGCCGACUUCAUCCAACGAGGCUCCCUCAUCAUGGACAUGGUGUCCGACAAGGGGAACCUGAUCUACGCAGACAACCGCUCCUUCCAGGGCAAAGAGAGCAUCUUUGGGGAGAACAUGAACGAACUCCAGACGUUUGUGGCCAGCCGGCACAAGGAUAACCUCAACAACUACGUGUUCCAGGGACAGCACCCUCUCACCCUCAACGAGUCCAACCCAAACACGGUGGAGGUGGCAGUGAGCACGGAGUCCAAAGGGAACUCCAGGCCCCGACAGCUGUGGAAGAAGUCCAUGGACUCUCUACGGCAGGACUCCCUGACCCAGAACCCAGCCUCCCAGCGAGAGGAGGGGACCGUGGAGAACAGGGCCCACCCCCUAAAGAGCCCCAGGUACCUUCCCGAAGAGGUGGCCCACUCGGACAUCUCAGAAACGUCGAGCCGGGCCACGUGCCAUAGAGAGCCGGACAACAAGAACCACAAGACCAAGGACAACUUCAAGAGGUCCUUGGCCUCCAAGUUCCCCAAGGACUGCAGCGAGGUGGACCGCACCUACCCCAAAGCCAAAGGGAGCUCCCCCAGGGACAAGAUCUACACCAUUGAUGGGGAGAAGGAGCCCAGCUUCCACCUCGACCCGCCCCAGUUCAUCGAAAACGUGGCCCUUCCCGAGAACGUGGACCUGCCAGAAGCCUACCAGGACCACAGCGAGACCUUCCGCAAGGGGACCGCCACGCUGCCGAUGAACAGGAACCCGCUCCACAAUGAGGACGGGCCCCCCAACAAUGACCACUACAAACUGUACUCCAAGCACUUCACCCUGAAGGACAAAAGCUCCCCAUGCAGCGAGGGAAGCGACCGGUACCGGCCGAACUCCACGCACUGCAGGAGCUGCCUCUCCCACCUGCCCACCUACUCGGGCCAUUUCACCACCCGGUCGCCGUUCAAAUGCGAUGCCUGCCUGCGUCUGGGGAACCUGUACGACAUCGACGAGGACCAGAUGCUCCAGGAGACGGGAACCCCAGCCACCCAGGAGGAGGUCUACCCGCAGGACUGGGCCCAGAACAACGCCCUGCAGUUGCAAACGAACAAGCUGAGGAUUAGCCGUCAGCAUUCCUAUGAUAACAUCCUGGACAAGCCCAGGGAGCUCAGCCUCAGCAGGCCCUCCCGGAGUAUUAGCCUCAAGGACCGGGAACAGUUCCUGGAGGGAAACUUGUACGGCAGCCUCUUCAGUGUCCCGUCUAGCAAACUCACGGGGAACAAGAGCUCCCUUUUCCCCCAGGGUCUGGAGGACAGCAAGAGAAGCAAGUCCCUCUUGCCAGACCACUCCUCCGACAACCCUUUCCUCCACUCCCACGGGGAGGACCAGCGCCUAGUCAUUGGCAGAUGUCCCUCUGACCCUUACAAACACUCGCUGCCCUCCCAGACAGGGAACGACAGCUACCUGCGGUCAUCCUUGAGGUCUACGGCUUCCUACUGUUCCAGGGACAGCCGGGCCCACAGCGAUGUGUAUAUUCCAGAGCAUGUCAUGCCUUAUGCUGCAAAUAAGAGUAAUGUGUACUCUGCCCCCAGGGUUUUAAAUUCCUGCAGCAAUAGACGCGUGUACAAGAAAAUGCCUAGUAUCGAAUCCGAUGUUUAAAAACGCUUUCAUUGAUGUUUUAUCUAUAGGGAAACAUACACAAUCGGCAGCGUUCUGGAGGGUCAGAGGCGGGUGUCCAAUAACACCCCCUGUGAAGAAGAAGAGGAAGAAGAGGAUUUAGGGAGGUAUAUAUAGAUAUAGAUAUAUUUUUUCGUUUUGUUUUCUGUUUGUCUUCUGUUGGCUCUAUUUGCACAUGGCUCCAUGCCAUUGUCUCCCACUCG